AUGCACGUGCCUGUGGGACCUUCUUCUGGAGUACGGUCAUGCACAGAAGCAUGGCCUCGCAGCGGGAGAAGGAGUAUCAGGAUCGGUGUGUGCAUGUCUCAUUCCAGACGCGGAGGCUUCGAUGUGCUCAGCGAAGCUUGGGGAUGUCAGCUGGCUGUGGCAGCCUGCGCCUAUGUAUUUCGAGGCAGGCGGAAGCCGAAAGCUACAGCAUUUGCGCUGGCAAAUGACGUGCCUGCUGUGGACUUGGGUGGCUGCAGCUGGUUUCGCCAAGGUGAGGAUUCUCCACCACCUACAGAAAUGGUGGCUGCUGUCCGGCAAGCCUUGGCGUCGCAUGGGCUCUUCUCCGCCCGAGGUCAUGGAGUGCCCCUCCGUGUUGUGCAAAGAGUGCGUUCAGAAUCCAUGGCUUUCUUCGAUCAGCCCUUGGAGAUGAAGCAGUGCUGUGCUGUGCACAACAUGGAGAGGAACCGUGGCUAUGAGAUAUAUCCGCAUCACCAGAGGUUCUUGGAGCAGUGGCAGGGCGCAUCUGUGCCCCGAGACGCGCACGCGGAGCCGUCGGCCGUCCAAGGCGUCAUCUGUGAGCGAUUCUGCUGUGGGCCGCCGUCCAUUUGCGAGGUCAAGUCUGACAAGCUGGAAGCAAAGUCCACAGGGCUGGAUGCAUGGAAGCUGGACGAUUUCUACCGCUCUGAGUAUGGAGAGGUGUUCUUCCCUGAAAAUGUUUGGCCAUCAGAUUGUGAUGCACUAAAGCGUGCGAUGUUGGAAGCGUAUGAUGCGUUUGAGAGUUUCUCUGAAGCUGUUCUGCUGCUGCUUGCGGCAGCAUCUGGGGUUCAGCCAUCUUCACUACGAAGCCUCCUGUUCGACUCGCAGCGACGAGUGCGCCACUCCAGCAUGUUGCAGGUUUGCAACUACCCUUCCCUGCUUCCACGACGGCUGCGUCCUCCCGAAUUGUCCGUGUAUCAACUCAGGGCGAAGGCUCACCAGGAUUUUGGAGCCUUCACAGUCCUGGCCAGGUGUCCCGGCAGUGAUUCUGGUCGGGCGAAGUGUGGUCAGAGCGGUGCCCUCGAGGUACGACUACCGACCGGAGCGUGGGCAUGUGUGCCAGCAAGAGAAGAUGCUCUGACCGUCAUGCCCGGAACGUUGAUCGAAUACUUGACAGCAGGACGUUGUCGGGGAGUCAUGCACCGCGUCUCGAAUCCGCGUCCUGGGCUGGCAGCCGACUCUCGAAGGCUUUCGGUGACCUUUACAGCAGCCUCGCGGAUCCCUCCGUGCCUACCCUUGGAGACUUGUGGCGGGUGGGUUGGCAGGAGCGGCAGCGCCUUCUGGGAACAAUGUCUCGUGGCGAUGCGGUGCAGCAGUUCCGCAGACAUCGCCAGGAGCUUCGGCAGCGCCUACUCUUGCAAGGCGACUAGACGCGGAGAUUCGGCUUCGAGAGAAAUGGCCGGUCCAGUACCACCCUGGACCAGUCGACGCCCUGAUGAUCACGCAAGGUACUGCGGAGUCAACGCGCUCGUUGCGGAACUCGGACAACCUCCCAGCACGGACAAUCAGUUCUUGCCCCUGCCCAUUGCGUUCGCUAGAUGA